CGUUCCCUAGGGCCGCCUGGCGCUACGCGCAAUGAACGUUCUGAUAGCCGACUUCCUGGCGGCAGAGAGUAGCUAAUUCUGCGCGCGGGCUCGAAGGGGUGCCGGUGGUGCUGACUCGGCCCUUACCGCCCGGAGCCACCGAGGCUCUGAGCUAGCACAAUUUCCGCACUUUCCCACAGCCGCAUCCGGUCUUGAGGCCCCGCUGGUGCACAUGCGCACACAUUCCAACUAGUUUCCUGUGGGAGGUGGGGCCUGCGAGGCGGAGCUGAGCUGAGCUGCCAGAGCGAUGAGAUCAUUCCUGGAGGCGAGGCGCGUGUGGCCCCGCCCUUCGACAUUCGUCCUCCAACGAGAUGAGAGCUAGAUACGCGCUGUCUACGUUUCAGUGUUAACGGUUGCGGCGCGGACACUGGUUCCGGCGCACGCGCACACGCGCCUGGGGCGGUGGUGGGAGGCUACGGGCGCACUGGAACCGGCGGGCGCGGCGAUGGGCGAGGCGGACGCGGGGACUCCCUCUUUCGAGAUGACCUGGAGUAGCACGACAAGCAGUGGUUACUGCAGCCAGGAGGACUCGGACUCAGAGCUCGAGCAGUACUUCACAGCGCGUACCUCACUGGCGCGCAGGCCGCGCCGGGAUCAGGAUGAGCCCGUGGAGUGGGAGACACCUGACCUUUCUCAGGCUGAGAUUGAGCAGAAGAUCAAGGAGUACAAUGGCCAGAUCAACAGCAACUUGUUCAUGAGCCUGAACAAGGAUGGCUCCUACACAGGCUUCAUCAAGGUUCAACUGAAGCUGGUGCGCCCUGUCUCAGUUCCCGCCAGCAAGAAGCCACCCUCCUUGCAGGAUGCCCGGCGGGGCCCAGGGCGGGGUACAGCUGUGAAACGCCGCACCUCCUUCUACCUGCCCAAGGAUGCUGUCAAGCACCUGCAUGUCUUGUCACGCACACGGGCACGCGAGGUCAUCGAGGCUCUGCUGCGCAAGUUCUUGGUGGUGGAUGACCCCCGCAAGUUUGCACUUUUUGAGCGGGCUGAGCGCCAUGGCCAAGUGUACCUCCGGAAGCUGUCAGAUGAUGAGCAGCCCCUACGGCUACGGCUCCUUGCAGGGCCCAGUGAGAAGGCCCUAAGCUUUGUCCUGAAGGAGAAUGACUCUGGGGAGGUGAACUGGGAUGCUUUCAGCAUGCCUGAGCUACACAACUUCCUACGCAUCCUGCAGCGGGAGGAAGAGGAACAUCUCCGCCAGAUCCUGCAGAAGUACUCGUAUUGCCGCCAGAAGAUCCAGGAAGCCCUGCAUGCCUGCCCCCUGGGGUGACCUCUCGUACCCCUGGGUGGAAGGAGGAGAGUAGGCAGCGCCAAGGGCGUGCCGUGUGAGUGUGCAAAGGGCCAUGUGGCCCGAGGAAUGAGUGUGCAUGGAGGCCCUCUCUUGCUGGGGGAAUGAGCCCAGAGAACAGCGAAGGAGCUGGCCCCCUGUGUCCACCAGUGGGUGUAGCAGAGCAUGGCUCUACAUCCUUCUGCCCUUUGUGUACUGGGUCAUGGUGGGCCAGGGUUGCCCUGGGAAGCUGCUCCAAGCUUGCAGCAGGGGUAGAGGAGACAGAAGUCUCCUUAAUUUGUGUCUCAGAUAUGAGAAUCUUGGAGACCCUACAAACAGAAUAGGGUCAUGUUUGCAGGGAUGAGGGCCCUCACCUAUGGUGAAAGGUUGUGUGUUUCGGGUCUUGGAUGGGGUCUCAGGACAGUCCUAUCAGAACCGAGGGUGGGUGUUUAAGGUAAGACAGGCAUCAAGAAAGAGUCUAGGGUUCCCUCUACAGCACCCUCUGGCUCCUCACACACCCUGGGGUCAGGGAGUGCUGGCUCAUGGUGCAACAACAGUGCCUCUGCCUCCUCCAAGGAGGAUGUCCCUGUGCCAGGGUCUGUGUGAGUGUGGGCACUGUCCCAGGUCUGUGCCUUGUUUGCCAGUCAAAGCCAGGGUCUUUCCCUUGGGUAUUUUUGAUGAUGUGUGCGAAUGUAUGUAAUAUUUUGUGGCCUCAGUUGAAUGCCUCCUGUGGGGGAAGGGGUG